AUGUGCGAUAAAACGCAGCCGGUGACGCCGUCGAGGUGUGAGAAGAUGAUGAGGAAUGUAGACGAAGGAGCCGGGGCCCGGCACACUGCUGUAGACCCUCAGGAUCGUUUGGAAGACGAGGAAGUGGAAGUGGGGGCUGUCUUUCGUCCACGGAGUAAGACCAUCUCAUCCGUGAACAAGGUACGUAAUCUGGAGCCUGAUUGGCCCACGAGAGGUAUGAUAAGGUGUGUCGGAUUUGGUACUAUACCUCAUCCAUGGACGGGAUUACCCAUCCACGGAACCAACAUCGUGCGACACAUUCUUUCAACGAAGAUCGACGACCUCAGUCUGACAAACCUAACGCCUGGUCAGGAUCGCACGCAUUUUGAAGGUUCUGCUCUAUCUACCCUUGAUCCGAGCUCUUGGGAGAAUUGGACCGAGGAGAUUGUUCAAGGUAUUUGCGGUCGUAGUGUUGGCCGAAAUAUCGAUACUUCCAUCCCCAGGAUCCUGCUCCGCAACAACGGUCCUCCCGCUCGCGAGGUCCGCUUGAACUUGUCGGUCGUAGGUGGAGCCGGAGGCGUAGAGGAGGAGGGCGAGGCGGCCGUGGUCGCCUAUGUGCCCGCAAUGCGUGCAUGUCAGCAGUGUAAGAGCCAGCUGGAGAGUCGAGGGUCGCGAGAUUCACCUACCGGUGAGGACGUAUCCACCCGAAGGGAUGUGGAAUCCGCCUUCGGUUUCUGUGGGGGAGACGCAUUGGUUGUAGAUCAGGGAGCCGCUUUCGACGGUGUCGGCCCAGGUGGUGGUGUCGUAUGUGAUAGUCUGGUCGACGAGCUCGAUAGCCAAUAG